GGGGAGGCCCUAUCUCUCUCUCUGGGGCAGGGCUGUGGGUUGGAGGCACAGAGCCUGUUACUGUGUGAGGUGGAGGGACAUACGGUUGGACAGACAAUUGGACAGACGAUUGGACAGACACUCUCCGGGCUGCCCAAUGUCGGCACAGAUGAGGAUGAGGUGGGUGAUAUAAUGGGGGACGAAGACGACAACAACAGCCUGUGUGGUCGGCCGGACAAGAUGGCAGAUGUCGAGCUCGUGGGAGAGGGUGUGCCAGAGUCCAACCUGUCCAGCUGGAGGUCCAUUGAGGAGAUCUCAGAGGCAGGGGGAGGAGAGGACGGAAGCUCCCGAUUCCCAGAGGAUGAUGUCAGCAACCUGCAGAGUCACCUGGAAAACAAGGAGGAGCAGGAAAACAACAACGAGUCAGUGUUCCUAUCCUCUGGAAUGCCAACCUGUGUGACUCUGAAUGCCCUGUCGGAAGAGGUGAGACACCAGAGCCAGAGUGUGAGUCUGAGGGCGUCCCUCUCAAACAUACCACUCACAGAGGUGAGACCACAGGCUGCUGUAGCCUCCGAUAGGCCAACAACAUCAACGGACAGCUCAACACACCAAUCAGACACAAGACUGGCUUCCUUGUCCAUGGAAAGCCCUGGGCGUGUCUCACCACCAGGAGGUAAACCACAGACUGUCUCAGACCAGAGCCCUGGUUCAGUAGAGGCAGCCAUUUCCAGACCCAACAGUAACACAGAUCUUAACCCAGCAGUCAAACAGGCAGACCCUGCUCUGUCUCUGCUGGGGGGGGCGUUUGGAUCCUUCAGCCCUAAAAUCAGACCAAGCAACUCCAAGUCAGCCAGACUGUCCCAAGAAACUUCGCCAUCAGUGAGGAAAGACACAGUAGAGAAUGUCCAAGUCUCCCAAAAAACGUCUCUCUCAGUGGGCAAAGACAAAGUAGAGAAGGUCCAAGUUUCCCAAGAAAUGUCCCCAUCAGUGGGCAAAGACACAGUAGAGAAGGUCCAAGUCUCCCAAGAAUGUUCUCUAUCAGUGGGCAAAGACACAGUAGAGAAGGUCCUAGUUUCCCAAGAAAUGUAUCCAUCAGUGAGCAAAGACACAGUAGAAAAGGUCAAUGUCUCCCAAGAAUCUUCCCUAUCAGUGGGCAAAGACACGGUAGAGAAGGUCCAAGUUUCCCAAGAAUCUUCCCUAUCAGUGGGCAAAGACACAGUAGAGAAAGUCCAAGUUUCCAAAGAAUCUUCCCUAUCAGUGGGCAAAGACACAGUAGAGAAGGUCCAAGUUUUUCACAAAACUUCCCCAUCAGUGAGCAUAGACAUAGUAGAGAAUAUCCAAGUCUCCCAAGAAAUGUCCCUAUCAGUGGACAAAGACACAGUAGAGAAGGUCCACGUUUCCCAAGAAAUGUCCCCAUCAGUGAGCAAAGACACAGUAGAGAAGGUCAAUGUCUCCCAAGAAUCUUCCCUAUCAGUGGGCAAAGACACAGUAGAGAAGGUCCAAGUUUCCCAAGAAUAUUCCCUAUCACUGGGCAAAGACACAGUAGAGAAAGUCCAAGUUUCCAAAGAAUCUUCCCUAUCAGUGGGCAAAGACACAGUAGAGAAGGUCCAAGUUUUACACAAAACUUCCCCAUCAGUGAGCAAAGACACAGAAGAGAAGUUCCAAGUUUCCCAAGAAACUUCCCCAUCAGUGAGCAAAGACACAGUAGAGAAGGUCCAAGUAUUCAGAGAAUCUUCCCUAUCAGUGGGCAAAGACACAGUAGAGAAGGUCCAAGUUUCCCAAGAAAUGUCCCCAUCAGUGAGCAAAGACACAGUAGAGAAGGUCCAAGUCUCCCAAGAAUAUUCCCUAUCAGUGAGAAAAGACACAGUAGAGAAGGUCCAAGUUUCCCAAGAAACUUCCCCAUCAGUGAGCAAAGACACAGUGGAGAAGGUCCAAGUAUUCCAAGAAUCUUCUCUAUCAGUGGGCAAAGACACAGUAGAGAAGGUCCAAGUUUCCAAAGAAAGUUCCCCAUCAGUGAGCAAAUACACAGUAGAGAAAGGCCAAGUCUCCCAAGAAUCUUCCCUAUCAGUUGGCAAAGACACAGUAGAGAAAAUCCAGGUUUCCCAAGAAACUUCCCCAUCAGUGGGCAAAGACACAGUAGAGAAGGUCCAAGUUUCCCAAGAAACUUCCCCAUCAGUGAGCAAAGACACAGUAGAGAAGGUCCAAGUCUCCCAAGAAUGUUCCCUAUCAGUGGGAAAAGACACAGUAGAAAAGGUCAAAAUUUCCCAAGGAUCUUCACUAUCGGUGUGCAAAAACACAGUAGAGAAGGUCCAAGUUUCCCAAGAUAUUUCCCUAUCAGUGGGCAACGACACAGUAGAGAAGGUCCAGGUUUCCCAAGAAAUGUCCCCAUCAGUGAGCAAAGACACAGUAGAGAAAGUCCAAGUUUCCCAAGAAUCUUCCCCAUCAGUGAGCAAAGACAUAGUAGAGAAGGUCCAAGUAUUCCAAGAAUCUUCUCUAUCAGUGGGCAAAGACACAGUAGAGAAGGUCCAAGUUUCCAAAGAAAGUUCCCCAUCAGUGAGCAAAUACACAGUAGAGAAAGGCCAAGUCUCCCAAGAAUCUUCCCUAUCAGUUGGCAAAGACACAGUAGAGAAAAUCCAGGUUUCCCAAGAAACUUCCCCAUCAGUGAGCAAAGACACAGUAGAGAAGGUCCAAGUUUCCCAAGAAACUUCCCCAUCAGUGAGCAAAGACACAGUAGAGAAGGUCCAAGUCUCCCAAGAAUGUUCCCUAUCAGUGGGAAAAGACACAGUAGAAAAGGUCAAAAUUUCCCAAGGAUCUUCACUAUCGGUGUGCAAAAACACAGUAGAGAAGGUCCAAGUUUCCCAAGAUAUUUCCCUAUCAGUGGGCAACGACACAGUAGAGAAGGUCCAGGUUUCCCAAGAAAUGUCCCCAUCAGUGAGCAAAGACACAGUAGAGAAAGUCCAAGUUUCCCAAGAAUCUUCCCCAUCAGUGAGCAAAGACAUAGUAGAGAAGGUCCAAGUUUCCCAAGAAUCUUGCCUAUCAGUGGGCAAAGACACGGUAGAAAGCAUGAUAAAACUCUGCUCCCAGCCUCAGCAAGAGGAGACGGUGAGCCAAAGAGAGGGUGGUGGCGGUCAGACGACUGACAGGCACAUUGACCAACCAAAGACGAGCUUGGCCUUAGAAGGGCAGGAGAGCAGUGUUUGUAUCUCAGGGGAAAGAGAGGUGAAGGAGAGAGCAGAGGAGAGAUUCUCUCCAACAGAGAGUGUUCCAGAACCUGCACAGCAUCACAUACCUGAGGGAGAGCUGAGCACAGAGAAAGCCAUCACUCCUCCUCAGCCAAGGAGGAGAGGGAAGCAGAGGAAGCAGAGCAGAGACAGACCCAGUCAGCCGCGCAGACAGGCUCCGUCAGGCUCUGGGUCUACUGAUCAACUUCAGGAACCAGCUCUCCCUGCCAAGACCCCAGCAGACGCCUCCCCACCAGGGAAACAAAAGAAUAAGAACACAAGGGUCCAAAAAUCUGCUGCAGACACCAGACAGAGGACACCUGUGAAAGGCAAACCUGAGGCAGAGUCCGAGAGGAGAGGGGAAAACAGAAACGUCUCUGGUGCCCUGACUCCCCCUAGUCCUACCAACCUCAGCCCCAUCACUCCCGCUCUCCUAGUCAAUCAGGAAGUGAACCCGGAAGUGCACCAGGAAAUGCUUGAUAACAGGCCGCUGCCUGGUUGCCAGGCAGAAAGCAGGAAGGACAUAAAUGAUAACAAUGUGGGGAGUGGCCAUGCCUCCCCUACAGAACAGAAUAGGUCCUCUUCUCCUCCACCUCUUCCCUCCUCCUCUCCUCCCCCACUUUCCUCCUCUCCUCUUUCCUCAUCUCCCCCACCUCUUCCCUCCUCCUCUCCUCCCCCCCUCUUCCCCUCUCCUCUCUCCUCCUCUCCUACCCCCAGUACUUUCACGGUGCCAGCAGAUGAGGACCUCCCCACCCCCAUACAGGAGUCCCAGCCUCUCCUCACCACAGCCCAGCCUGUCACCCCACUCCUAGACACCCAGCCUCAAUCAACCAAUCUUCAGGCAGCCUCCGCAACCCUUUCUACUACCCAUAUCGCCCUUCUUAAGCACCCCACUAUACCCACCAAAAGUGUCCCUAUGUCCCCUACCCCCUCCUCAUUCUCAUCUCCACCCACGUCAGCCCUGCCCUCGACCCCCAGCCUUACCCAGCCCACCCAGGAGUCUCUGCCACGGCUGGAGGCUCCAACCACAGUGCCUGUCCUAGACAACCGCAGGCAGGCCCAGCCCCAGCCAAACCUCCUCACCGAGCCCAACAGACAGAUCAAGCCAGGUCAGUCACAAAGCCCACAGGACAGAGAUGGGAUGGACAUAGACAGUGAUGCCGAUGACACUGCUGUUCCUCUACGACAUCACAUGACUCAGCCCAGGGGGAUUGUGGGAAAAUCUUCUCAUAAAGAGUCUGGCUCCUCCAAUCAGCGAGAGAUACUGCUUCACUCCUCCCACCAUCCAACUGACAGACAGACAGACUGUCCAAUCAGCCAUAAGGAUUCACAGGAGCAGGACCUGUCCUUCAAAUACAACGUGGGCUCCUGCAAUGAGUCGGAGAGUGAGGGAUCAGUGCCAGAGUUGGAAGAACCAGAGCGGGUGCCACUGAGAUCCUCAGAACCCCAGCCUAUUUCUCCUGCUGAUGAGGGGAUAAACAGACCUAAGCAGAGCCGCAGUGAGAAGAAGGCCCGCAAGGCCAUGGGUAAGCUGGGCUUGCGGCCGGUCCACGGUGUGACCAGGAUCACUAUAAGGAAGUCGAAGAGCAUCUUGUUUGUCAUCAGCAAACCUGACGUCUUCAAGAGCCCCGCGUCAGACAUCUACAUCGUGUUCGGAGAGGCCAAGAUAGAGGACUUGUCUCAGCAGGUGCACAAGGCAGCAGCAGAGAAGUUUAAGGUUCCGGUGGAGCCGUCCCCCCUGGCGCCCCCUGCACCACCCAGCCUCACCAUCAAGGAGGAGAGCGAAGAGGAGGAGGUGGACGAGGGAGGUCUGGAGCAGAGGGAUAUAGAGCUGGUGAUGGCCCAGGCUAACGUGUCCCGUUCUAAAGCUGUCCGCGCACUCAGACACAACACGAACGACAUCGUCAACGCUAUCAUGGAGCUGACCAUGUGAGAGGACCCCCCCCCUUCCCUGUCAAGCAUAAAUGCCACAGUCAUCUGUAUCGCUGUUAUGUUGCAUCCUCAUUACCUGCUAAUAAAAAUGUCUGUUAUAACCACA